AUGUGCCCCGAAGGAGCUGUUUGCGUCUGCCUUUUGUGGGUGCUUUCGACGGUCCCUCGGGAAGGGGUCCGGUUUCGGGCUUUGAAAAGUCCAGCUGCAUUUCACGAGCAGAGAAGGAGCCUGGAGCGGGCCAGGACCGAGGAUUAUCUGAAGCGGAAGAUCCGUUCCCGGCCAGAGAGAUCGGAGCUGGUCAGAAUGCACAUUCUGGAAGAGACCUCGGCUGAGCCUUCUCUCCAGGCCAAGCAGCUGAAGCUGAAGAGAGCCAGGCUGGCUGAUGACCUCAAUGAGAAGAUCGCACAGAGGCCUGGCCCCAUGGAGUUGGUGGAGAAGAACAUCUUGCCUGUGGAGUGCAGCCUGAAGGAAGCCAUCAUUGUGGGCCAGGUGAGUUACCCAAAGGUAGCAGACAGCCCCUCCUUUGACGAGGACAGCAGUGACGCCUUAUCCCCUGAGCAGCCUGCCAGCCAUGAGUCCCAGGGUUCAGUGCCAUCACCCCUGGAGUCCCGAGUCAGUGAACCACUGCCCAGUGCCACCGCUACAUCACCCCCUCAGGUUCUUUCUCAACUCCCAGUGGGUCCGGAUCCUGGAGAGACGCUUUUCCUGGCAGAGCAGCCUCCUCUGCCGCCCCCUCCUCUGCUGCCCCCCAGCCUCACCAAUGGAACCACUGUCCCCACUGCCAAGCCUGCCCCCACACUCAUUAAGCAAAGCCAACCCAAGUCUGCCAGUGAAAAGUCUCAGCGCAGCAAGAAGGCCAAGGAGCUGAAGCCGAAGGUGAAGAAACUCAAGUACCACCAGUACAUCCCCCCGGACCAGAAGCAGGACAAGGGGGCGCCCGCCAUGGACUCCUCCUAUGCCAAGAUCCUGCAGCAGCAGCAGCUCUUCCUGCAGCUGCAGAUCCUCAACCAGCAGCAGCAGCAGCAGCAGCAGCACUACAACUAUCAGGCCAUCCUGCCUGCCCCGCCCAAGCCAGCAGGAGAGACUCCAGGAAGCGGUGCCCCCACCCCGUCACGCAGCCUCUCCACCAGCAGCAGUUCCAGCGCAGGCACCCCAGGGCUCAACGGGCUGGCACGUCAGAACAGCACCGCACUGGCCGGCAAACCAGGAACCCUGCCAGCCAACCUGGAUGACAUGAAGGUGGCAGAGCUGAAGCAGGAGCUGAAGUUACGGUCACUGCCCGUCUCAGGCACCAAGACGGAGCUGAUUGAGCGUCUGCGUGCCUACCAAGACCAAGUCAGCCCAGCUCCAGGAGCCUCCAAGGCCCCUGCCGCCGCCGCCGCCGCCGCCGCCCCCUCUCUCCUGUCCAAGGCCGGCGAGGUAGUCGUCGCCUUCCCCGCGGCCCGGCUGAGCACAGCGCCAGCUCUGGUAACCGCAGGCCUGGCACCAGCUGAGAUGGUGGUGGCCACGGUAACCAGCAAUGGCAUGGUGAAGUUUGGCAGCACGGGCUCCACACCCCCCGUGUCUCCCACCCCCUCAGAGCGAUCACUGCUCAGCACGGGUGAUGAGAAUUCCACACCGGGGGAUGCCUUUGGUGAGAUGGUGACGUCGCCGCUGACACAGCUCACCCUGCAGGCCUCCCCGCUGCAGAUCCUCGUGAAGGAGGAGGGUGCCCGGGCUUCGUCCUGCUGCCUGUGCCCUGGUGCGCAGGCUGAGCUGGAGGGACUGGACAAGGACCAGAUGCUGCAGGAGAAGGACAAGCAGAUUGAGGAGCUGACCCGAAUGCUCCAGCAGAAGCAGCAGCUGGUUGAGCUGCUACGGCUGCAGCUGGAGCAGCAGAAGCGGGCCCAGCAGCCAGCCCCAGCCCCAGCCAGCAGCCCUGUGAAGCGGGAAGGUAGCAGCUUCUCCAGCUGCCAGCUGAGCGGCCAGCCCCAGGGCUCUGCUUGUGCCUUUGGCCCUGGCCUGGUGGUUCCCACUACCAAUCAUGGAGACGCUCAGGCCCCAGCUCCAGGGCCCCAGCCUGUGGUGGUGAAGCAGGAAGCCGGGCCACCUGAACCAGACCUGGCCCCUGCCUCCCAGCUCUUGGGCCCACAGGGCACCAGCUUCCUCAAGAGGGUCACCCCUCCUACACUGGUCACUGACUCUACAGGGACUCACCUCAUCCUCACUGUGACCAAUAAGAGCGCAGAGGGCCCUGGCCUGCCCACUGGGAGCCCCCGGCAGCCCCUGUCCCAGCCUGGUUCUCCAGCCCCUGGGCCACCUGCGCAGAUGGACCUGGAGCAUCCGCCUCAGCGCUCGUUUGCAGCCCCCACAUCUCUGCUGAAGAAGGAGCCGCCUGGGUAUGAGGAGACUGUGAGUCAGCAGCCGAAACAGCAGGAAAAUGGCUCUUCCAGUCAGCAGAUGGACGACCUGUUUGAUAUUCUCAUUCAGAGUGGAGAGAUUUCAGCAUAUUUCAAGGAACCACCAUCCCUACCAGGCAAGGAGAAGCCACCUCCAGCAGCAGCCUGUGGGUCCUUGCUGACACCACAACCCUCGCCUUCAAAUGACCUCCCCCAGGCUGCUCCUCCACCUGGCUCCCCCACCCUCCCAGGGCGCCUGGAGGACUUCCUGGAAAGCAGCACGGGGCUGCCCCUGUUGACAAGUGGGCACGAAGGGCCAGAGCCCCUCUCCCUCAUUGACGACCUCCACAGCCAGAUGCUGAGCAGCUCUGCCAUCCUGGACCAUCCCCCAUCACCCAUGGACACCUCUGAAUUGCACUUUGCUCCUGAGCCCAGCAGUGGUAUGGGCCUGGACCUGGCUGAUGGCCACCUGGACAGCAUGGACUGGCUAGAACUGUCAUCUGGCGGCCCUGUGCUCAGCCUGGCCCCCCUCAGCACUGCAGCCCCCAGCCUCUUCUCCACAGACUUCCUGGAUGGCCACGACUUGCAGCUCCACUGGGAUUCUUGCUUGUAGCCCUCUGACUGCAGACAUAGGCUAGGGAAGGGUCUGAAGUUGGGGAGCCACAGAACCAUAGCCAAUGUGUGCUCCCUGUGACUGUGAGCCUUGACAAUCACAGUCCCUGGAGGCUGCAGCAGAGACCCUACACCUGGCUCAGGCUCACCCAGGGCAGGGGAGAUAAGCUGUCAAGAAGUAACUCCAGACCUCUGCUGAGGUUUUGGGAGGCUGGCCAGGCCCAGUUCAAUUCGACCUCCUUUUCUGAGGUCAGAGGUGCACAUCUGGCUGAAGUUUGGCCCAAGUGGGCCUGGAGCCAACCUGCCUUCCUCUCCCUUUAAGGAAGAACCUAGCCAGGCCUCUACUUGCCCAUUCCCUAUUUCAGCCAGUCCCAGGACCUGUGUCCCUUUGCCAUUUUAGUCUUGCUAUAACGUAACCAUUUAGUGGUUGGCGGCAAAAAUCUGUAUAGGUGUAUAUACCUCUAUAUUAUAUAUCAACUUACAUAUAUACAUAUAUUUUUAGGGGUGGGGGGAGAUGGGUGUGGCUACCUCCACCUGCUUUCACAUGCAAAAGGCCUGGAGAGCUGCUAGGGGAUUGAUACAGGGUCAUCAUGAGGAGCUGUGUGCCACAAGGCCCAGUACCCAACCUCGCAUGCAGCUGCCUAGGCCUGCCCCACACGUAUUUGACAUGUAGACAGACACCUGCCAUUGCCUACACGCCACCCUGCCCUGCUUCCUGGCUCCUUAGUGCCACAAGGGCAGAGGCACCUCCUGGUUCUCCAGGAGUUCUCCACCCACCCACAUCCCAUCCCGUCUCCUCACUGCAGCCACGCUGGCCUUGGGAUGGUGGUGAGGGUGGGUGGGUCCUGGCUAUACCUGCUGGGGGCUAAGAGGUACCUUCUGCCCAACACCAGCCUUGUUCUGUCCUGAUUCGGUAUGAAGUAGGGACAGAGCCAUCAAACCAGUGCUGGGACAAAGGUGGGGAAGCUGUGUGAACUUUUUAGAAUAAAAUCAAAAACACUGA